AUUGUAUGAUUUUGGUGAUCCGAUUGUCUUCAAAUAGACACGGAAGACGUAAAGUUUCACAAUUGAGUGCUGUGUGUACUGAUCAGUAAGUUUCUGAUUUUUCGGGUGCUUGUCUGAGUGUGUGUAGUGGUCGUGCCUGAAGCAUUGUGGUCCUUUUUUGUUGACGAGUGACAAGAGCAGCUUCAGCAUUACAACCUCGACUAUCAAACCUUUUGUUACUCCUGAGUGCAUAACGUGGAGUAGCAUCAUUGUUUACACCGACUAACAAAGGAUGAAGGCAACGCACCUGCUAUUUGCUCUGGGUCUGGCUCGACGAUCGUUCGGGUCAAGUUUAGACCUUGACACGCUAAUGGCGAGUAUCAACAGUUUCAAGGAUUUAUGAUGUGAUCAUUACUGAGUAGUCUGAAGCCAGUGAUCAAAAGUUGAUCUAAUCUUUCGAUUGACAUCAGUCCACCACUGAGUGCACUUUCAUCAGUCAUUCGUCCUUGAUCGACAACAUAUAGCAUAGUGAUAUUCCCCCGAUAUUCGCCCCUUCAUAUCACGGAAAAGAGGACACGUGUGAAGCUUGUGUGGCUGCUGGCAAGGAGUGGUGCGUCACAUGGGACUCGUGCGAUGUAGACGAGUGCGAAGACGAUGAUGUGAUUCUUUCAAAUUGCACACAGCUCACUAACCUAGAAGCCAAACGACCCGACCUGGCGCCAGGUGCAUUUUUUUAAUUGAAGAUAUGUGAAUGACAGGAGUAGCUUUAUGUUUUAGAUUACUGUCAAGACAAAAAUCCAUUUGCAUUUCCUCAUUUGCUUAUGUUGAUGCAUAGUCUGUUCUGAUGCGGAAUCACGGCGAACUUGUAUUUUAGAACUUGCUUUGUUUCUUACGUUCUUUGUUCUGGAGUGUUCUCUGAGAAUCUGAUUUUCUAGAGUCUGCCAAUCUCACCUACGCACAACGAGGUGUCCUGGUCGAGGUUCUGCUGCCAGAAGCACGGCAACAGCUCUUUGUGGAGGGGCAUAACGACACGUUUUGGAACCAAGUUCGUGCUACAGACGAGUUUGAGAGGUUCGGUUUGGCUAGGCCGGGCAACAAGAGCACGGUAGGACGAAUCGAUCAAGACGGAGCGUCAACGAUAACUGUACACAGCGAUGUCAGACUAGCUGAGACCAGCAGCAGCCUCCCGUUGUUAUGGCAGACACAAUCAAUUGGGAUGGUACUAGAAUCCGGUCCACUCGUUUGUUUGGUACUACAGUGCGUGAGGUGCACCAAAAUAUCAAGCACCGGCAAAGAGAAACGACUUUUCAGAAGCCAUAACUUUGACUGCUGUUGCUUGACGUUGUGAAAUUAUUAGUGGGUUAACGGAAUAUUUGUCCAGGAUCAUCCUUUUUCGCUGACAUAUCUUCCAAUGGUGAUCGGGGUCAUUGGUCGCGCAUAUCAUUCUCUGGAUGAGUACACCGUCAAGGACGACGCAGGUUUUGAGCUGAAGCAUCGUAUUCGCGCUGGGCCGGAACCUAGUCAGGAGAGCUACGGUGCAGGUGCCGAAGCGUUCUUUUAUGGCCAGUGAGAACAAUUUUCCCUAGACGAUCAUUCAAGAGGAGGGGACUACAAUUAGUGUAGUUGUGAUUGAACGACGUGCUUUUUGAUAUGAUGGAGAGUAGUUGUAAAUUUUCGUGUAAGCUUGCGCUAAUUUUUCGCUGGCACAAGUGUGCAGGAAAAAGAGCCGGUGUAUUUCCGGAAGCGACAGCUACGUGCGCUCUUACUGGCACGUAAAGGGGAUCGCGUUCGAAGUCGUUUCUAUACACGAAAAGGAGUGAUGUCACGCACUGCGGAGGACGCACUAGUCCUGAAUAGCACGUCCACCGCCUCCUUUCUGCUACGCUUUGAAGGAGAUGGCACCGAGAUGACGGUUCCGCGGACCUUUGUAGUUGAGGGGACCGACAAAACCAAAGGGGAAAAUUGGCAGUCCAUUGCGUCUCAGAAUUCUGGAGAGAGCACGUCUUCAUCACCAGGGGAAAAUAUGACGACAAUAGCAGUAGAAAUAAGUGCAGAGCACAAUAUUGCAGGAUCUGCUUCUGCAGGAGAGUCAGGAGAUCUAUUCCCGUCUGCGUGCUCGAGCGAGCAGCAUUGCAAUGCAUUCGGUUCUCCAGGGAAUUAUGCGAAACUGCCUAUAGAAAGCAAGCGGGAGUGGCUCUAAGAGUUUUGAAGUUUUAGUCAAAUCUAAAGAUGACGUGAAAAUCUUCAAAUCUUCGGAUCUCGGGAGCUCAUGAUUGAGAUAUAAAUGAACCUACCGCUCCCAACGCAGGCAAGUCGGAACGGAGUCGCUUUAAAACUGUACCACAUUAAAGAUGUGAGAUGAGGAAAUCGAAUGCAGAAUCAAGAAUGUCUGGCCUAUUGCACAUGCG